AUGUAACUAAAUUAGGAGAGAGAUGCAUAAUAUAUUUUGGUUUAUUAAUUAUUUGGAGAUUUAUAUGUUUUUCUUAAUGAUUAAUUGAAAUAAAAGAAAUUGGAUCUAUUAGAAAAGUUUUUUGCUUAUCUUCAAAAAAAUGACUAUAAAUUAAGUAGGAUUUAAGCAAGUGAAUUAUUUGAAACAAUUAAGAGGAAUUUUGAAUUACAAUUUUAUAAUAAAUAUACUCCUCAAAUUGUAGAAGAGAUUUAAAAUUAAUAAUGUGAUCUAGAAUAAUAGUUCUUAGAAUCAGACGAUAAAGAAUUUAUAAUAAAUUAUAUAAUAGAUUAAAAAAAUGUAAUAAACAAUCAUGUGGACAAAAAAUUAGAUGAGUUAACAAUAAGGUUGGAGGAGGAUUUUUAAUUUGAAUUAGCUGAGCAAUACUAAGAACUAAUUGAAAAAUUAAAGAAAAACGCUCAUUUGUUAAAAGAAUAUCUAGUGCCUAACCUAAAUGUUGAAGAAUACUUUGAGAACCCAUAACAAGAUUUAGAGAGAAAAUUGUUUGGAAUUGUAGUUUGUUUUCUUUAGGGAAGUAAUUCUAGAGACAUAAAUUUAAUAAAUAAAAAAUACAAAUUUAUAUUUUAUUAAGGUGAAAAAGUGAAAGUGGAAUUCCAUUUGAACAAUCUACAGAAUCCGGAAAUUAAAUUAUUAGAUGUUUUUGUUGAGGAGUUAAUUGAAAUUUUGAACCAAAAAAAAAAUAUAAAAAUAUAACUUAACUUUAAUCUAUUCAAAAUGUAAGAAUAAUUAUUCAAAAAAAAAAUAGAAAUGUAAGGAUGUCAAACUUCUUGUGGUUUUUGCAAUAGAAAAUGUGAUUUACAGUAGGAGCAUCAAUCAAAUCAUGAAUGCUAAAAUGGACAUUUUUUAAUAGUGAAUUUGGAGAAAUAAAAAUAAUAAUAUUCAUGUGAUGAUGAUUUUUUUUUUUUAAGGCGAGUUGAAAAUUUUGAAUGGGAUUUCGAUCCAAAAUAAAAUAUCGAUCAAAAAAAAUAAUUAAAAGACAAAUUAAUAAAAAUUUGGUAAGAAUAUGGUCAGGAUAUCUGUAAUAAAUUACAAAAAUCUUACUAAAACAUAUAAUAAUUGAAUCAUAAUAGAGUUCACUAUAUUUUCAUUUUGGAUAGUUCAGAGUCUAUGAAUAAGGAUUGGACUGAUAUUAAAAAAGGAGUUCGAGAGUUCAUAAAAAAAAUCAAGGAGAAAGAUUAGGUUGAAAAUAAAGAAUUUUGGAUAAGUCUCAUCCUUUUUAACAAAGAAUAGACUACACUUAUAAAUAGUAAAAGGGCUAGGGAUAUAAAAACAAAAUUUAAAAUGAACUUUUUAGGGGGAGGAACAAACUUUGGGAAACCAAUCAAGAAAGCCAUAAAUCUAGUUAAAAAAGACAAUACCUCUGAUCUAUUCUUAAUAUUAUUCUACACUGAUGGAAAAGCUGCUAUUCCAGAAUAAGAACUUAAAAAGAUGUAGAACCUAGAGGAAGAAAAAAGAAAAAAAAUACAUUUAAUAGCCUGUACGCAUGAUUCUAACACUUAAAAUAAAGUUCUUAAUAACAUGGUUAAAUAUUUUAGUGAUCAUAUCAAAUAAGCAGAAAUUUUUACUUUUUCUUCGGCAAAUGUUUUGAUUGGCUUUUGGUCUGUAGUUAUAAAUUUUAGAUUGAAUAGAUGA